UGGCUUCUUGGCCGGUAUCUGGCUCCUGCAACAACAGCAACCACGACACUGUAUUCAAAACCUCCGAUCGACCUGCCACGAUGGAGCAGUCCAAGGCCGCAUUCCGGGAGCGCAUGCAAGCCCAGCCGGUCAUUCGGCACGAGCGGAUCGCUCCGGCUUCGUCGUCAGCCAUGCCGCCAAGCGUCAGCAAACCCAAACGACCCUCCUUUGUUAGCAGCACAUACGCAAGUGCGCCACAAGCAUCCGAUCUCGUCGCGAAGCAACUCUUUCUCAUCAUCAACAUUCUGAAGAGCAAAGACUCCCCCUUCUCGUUUGACGAAAUUUACCAAGAGACUGGAUAUGACCUGACGAGCUCGACCAACGACGAGCUGAUCGAGAGUAUCCGGACCAACCUCAAGAUCAUCAGUGAUUUUGAAGCACAGACACUCCAGUUCCGGCCCAAGUUUGAUAUCAAGUCCAAACACGAUCUUCUCAGGCUGCUCGAGAGCCAGAAGCUUUCUCACGGUCUUGAGGUCGACGACGAGUUCAAAGAGUCCUUUCCGAACUGGCAGGCCGCGGUUCAGGAGCUGGAAAAGUCCGAGGACAUCAUCGUGUUCAUGAACAAGGAAGGUGCUGGGGCUGUUCCCAGGGUGCUCUUCUACAACGACUCCUCGCUCAAUGUCCACAUGUCCGAAGAGUUCAAGACCUACUGGCAUCAAAUCAAGUUGCCUCCUGAAGGCGACCUCGAGAAGGAGCUGGAGAAAGCCGGACUCAAAUCAAUGGAUACAUUCAGCACCAAACCCAAGUCAGUGACCAAGGUUAAAGUCAAACCAAAGAAGACCAACAAGCGCAUCAAGCUCACCAACACGCAUCUGGAAGACAUUGAUCUCACGAAGGACUUUAUGGGGUCGUAGUCCGCCAAUGCUGGCGAUGCCUCUUCCUGCUCAUCGCAACACCGAUCUGCGCUCGUCUGUAUGAGUCCGGGCCACCACGCUACGCCCCUGCGACGCUCAUCUCUGUAAACUCUCUGGACAGCAGCCCAUGCUCAUGGUCAUGCCCAUUCCCACGUCCACGUCCAUGUCCAUGUCCACCCACCGACCCUGCGCUCUCUCUGUGCUCUCUCUGUGCUCUCUCUGCGCUCUCUUCUCGUCUCGCCAGGCCACCCAGGCAGCAAUACACGUGACACAUGCGCCACAGAA